AUGGGCGUUGUCAAGGUAGAUGAUUCAUCUAGUACAGAAAAUCCAUUACCUAAUCAUACUAAUGUUGCGGUAAACAUGAUGGAUGAAAGUAUGGGGAGAAGAGUCAAUGAGAGUAUUGCUGAGGUAAAAAUCCCCUUGAGGAGGGUUUGGAAAGAAAUGGUAGGAAGAGGGUUAAUCGUCUCGGAUUUAGUGAGAGGUGGUGAGACCCAAAGUUUUUGUGAGUUCCAUCAUGAGGUGAGACAUGAAAUUCAGAGAUGUGGGGAAUUCAGAGCUCUGGUCCAGAGCUUGAUGGUUAGUGGAGAAAUAGAGGUUUUUGAAGAGGUGGAAGGAAAAGGAAGUAUAUGCGCAUCGAAGUUAGUGACGAGGAUUUCGAAGGUAAGUCUUCCUGUGAUUAUCAUCUCGCGCCCUAAAGUUAAUGAGGUUGGGUCACAGGUGACACCGAAGAUUGUAAUUCAGAAGCCGAUAAAGUUUUCGUAUAAGGAUAGUAAGAAGGUCCCUUGGAAUUAUGAGUGCAAUGUAACAGUUUCAGGAAAGGAAGCUUUAGUUAGUGUUAUAAAAGAAAACCAAAAGACAGGUUCUUGUACAAGUACUGAGAGACACUGCAGCCGGAUGAAUGGUCAAGCAGAAUCGGCGGAGGGAAAAGUUCUUACGACAGAAGAGUAUAGCGUAGUAGAGCAACUGCAUAAGCAACCAGCUCGUAUAUUUGUGUUAGCCUUGCUCAUGAGUUCAGAGGUGCAUCGAAAUACACUGAUGAGGGUGUUAAACGAAACAUACGUGGCAAGUGAUAUUUCUGUCAACCAAUUGGAUCAGUUGGUCAACAAUAUAAGCGCUAAUAAUUUUAUCUUCAUCAAUGAUGACGAAAGACCAUCUGGAGGUAUGGGGUCCACUAAAGCUCUGCACAUUACUACUCGAUGUAAAGGGUACAUGCUGCCAGGAGUUUUGAUUGAUAAUGGAUCCGCAUUGAAUAUACUGCCCUUAUCUACUCUCAAUAGGCUACCUGUGGAUAGCUCACAUAUGAAAACGUGUCAAAAUGUGGUAAGGGCAUUCAAUGGAACAGAAAGAAAAGUUUUGGGGAGAAUUGAAAUCCCGUUACAGAUUGGCCCAAAUACUUAUGAAGUGGAUUUCAUUGUAAUGGAUAUCAAGCCUUCGUAUAACUGUUUGUUAGGGAGACCUUGGAUACACUCGGUAGGGGCUGUGCCUUCAUCACUGCAUCAGAAUUUGAAAUUAGUGUCAGAGGGACGGUUGGUGACAAUAAGUGCCGAGGAGGGUAUUAUUACGUCAAUAACCAGCAAUACACCAUAUGUGAAGACGGAUGAGGAGGCGGUGGAAUGUUCUUUCUGA